CGAUCGACUAAUGUUCGAACUUCCUACACGAGUUCCUACAUCUACAUCCCCAGUCACCUUCAGAGUCCCAUUCAGUCAGUAGUCAGGUGCUCGCAACCUGCCACCGACUGCCCUAUGGCAGUCAAUUCGCGUCGCGUUUCCCAUAUGUGAUGUAUUCCCUGCGGCACGCCGUCAACCUUUCGAGGCGGGCAUGCAAGACCGUUAGCCACGUGUUGUUGUUGUUAUUGUUGUUGGGUGGCGGCCGAGCUAAACCGCCGGAUCAUGCCUCGGACAGUCACAGGCACGGCAAGCCUUCGCAAGGCAACCUCGACACCAAUUCGUACGAUUUCGAGGCUCUGUACAAGACCAUCUCGACGCCCUCCGCCGCUACCCCAGGGGACGGCGGUAAUAGCAGGAAUGCCGUACCAGUCCAGGAUAAUACCGAACGAUUCGACAAUACGAUCCGACAGCAGGAAAAGAACGUACGGAAGGUGGUACCUACCGAAAAAACGCAGGGUAAAAAAGAGGUGAUUCGGUACCCGAUAAUAUCGGUGUCGUUCUAUAGAGUCGAAACGCCGUUCAUCAUCGCUUUAUGGAUUUUUUGCGCCAGUUUGUCGAAAAUAGGCUUUCACAUGGCCCCGAAGUUAAGCGAAAUAUUUCCCGAAUCGUGCCUAUUGAUUUUCGUCGGAGUGGCUAUAGGCGUCAUCUUGGUCCACAUCACUGACAGCGUCCACAUGUCACCGUUGACGCCAGAUACGUUCUUCUUCUACAUGCUUCCGCCGAUCAUCCUGGAUGCUGGUUACUUCAUGCCUAAUCGUUUGUUUUUCGAACAUUUUGGGACUAUACUGUUGUUUGCUGUUGUCGGCACUAUUUUUAAUACUCUAACUAUAGGUGCUUCCUUAUGGGCGGUCGGACUGACAGGUCUAUUUUCCUGUGAUACACCCCUGCUGGAUAUGUUCCUCUUUGGGUCGCUGAUCUCUGCAGUGGAUCCAGUAGCGGUGCUAGCCGUCUUUGAAGAGAUUCAAGUAAACGAGAUCUUGUACAUAGUUGUGUUCGGGGAAUCCCUUCUCAAUGACGCCGUAACCGUGGUGCUGUACCAUCUGUUCGAGUCCUACACCGAGAUGGGAUUGAAGAACAUCCUGUACGUGGACGUGCUAUCGGGGUUUCUCAAUUUUUGGGUGGUGGCUAUCGGGGGAACGGUGAUCGGCGUGAUUUGGGGCAUGGCUACGUCGUUAGUGACUAAAUUUACAAAUGAAGUGCGUGUUAUAGAACCUAUUUUUAUAUUUGUUAUGGCCUAUUUAGCGUAUUUGAAUGCUGAGAUUUUUCAUAUGUCCGGGAUUUUAGCAAUAACUUUUUGUGGCAUUACAAUGAAAAAUUAUGUAGAAGCUAAUAUAUCACAUAAAUCGCAUACAACCAUCAAGUACACCAUGAAGAUGUUAAGCAGCUCAUCCGAAACUAUUAUAUUCAUGUUCUUGGGCGUGGCGACUGUCAAUAAAAGCCAUGAUUGGAACACGUGGUUCGUCAUACUCACGAUCGUUUUUUGCUCAUUCUAUAGAGUUAUAGGAGUAAUAAUUUUGACAGCAUUAGCCAACCGUUUCCGUAUGAAUCAAUUGAGCACCGUCGACAAAUUUGUGAUGUCAUAUGGAGGCUUAAGAGGAGCGGUAGCUUUCGCUUUGGUCUUGUUAAUAGAUCCGAAAACAGUCAAGUUGCAGCCUAUGUUCAUGACCACCACCAUCGCCGUGGUAUAUUUUACUGUAUUUUUCCAAGGGAUUACCAUUAAGCCUUUGGUGAAGAUAUUGAACGUCAAAACAGCCGAAAAGAAGAAGCCGACAAUGAACGAACGGAUACACGAAAGGUUGAUGGACCACACCAUGGCAGGCAUAGAAGAUAUUCUAGGCCAGCACGGAAAUUACCAUAUUCGAGACAGAUUCAAACGUUUCGAUAACCACUUCAUCAGGCCUUAUCUUUUGCGCAACCAUCACGGCCAAGGGGCCGAACAAAAAAUUUUGGAAACAUAUUCGAAAUUGGCCAUGAGGGACGCUAUGGAAUAUAUGAGAAGGAACGCGUCAACCAUUGGAAAUAUAUCCAAUACUGAGAGCAUGUCGGCCAUCUUUAAAAACUAUACCACGACGAAUAUCAAUAGCAGUACAAGUUUUAGUCAAUUAGACUCUAGUACUUGGAAUAUAGAUAUGCAGGAAUUAGAAUAUAAUCCUUCGAAGAAGGACUUAACAGAUGCUAAAAUCCAUCAUUUGCUUGCUGAGGAACUAGGCAAGCCUUACAGACGAGUAAGUACAAAAAGAAAGGAGAAAAAAUUAAUGGCUUCAAAUCUGCACAGAAAACUAAGCUACAGUCGUCAUGCUGUCAACGAUCGGGAUCUUUCGACACAAGUCAAUUACAGGAUGCACUUCAAUACAAGAAGGUUGGUGGCUGAUAAGAAGCAUCAUCAUAAGAGGCACAGCAAAAAGAUGAAUAAAGACGGGAAGCAAAACCACGUUAGUUUUCCUGAAUUUCAACAAAACGGAACUGCAAAACAAUUUUGUACAGAUUACAUAACCGAAGUGCUAAACGAGGACGAUAAUGAACCCUCUUCGAAAAGCAUUAAAGAAGAAUGGGAUAGUCCUAUAACUUUCACGGCGAAAUCCUCACUUACAGAUGAAAGCAUUUGUUCUGAAAAAGGAAGCGGUAAAAGGUCCUCUAAGGGAUCCAUCGAAGCUUGCGAUUUCAUGAGAGUGUCUACGCCGACGGCUACGGAAAUGAUGCUUCCCUGGAAAAGGGGAGAGGAGGAGGGUUGCGUUCCUAUUCUCCAAAGCGAAUUUCCAGGAUGGGCCUCCAAUAAGGAGUAUCUGGCUUACAAUUCACCGUCUGCCACUUUCCUAGGUGGAUUAGAAAAUCCGCGGUCCUCCGUCAUCGGUCUUUUCCGUCGCGAAAGUGUGGGUUCCGAGCAAUCCUGCAGCACUGAAUCCACUCCUCAAAAGGAGCGCAGAAAUUCCUCAGGCCGAAGCACGUCCUUGCUCGUCGAAGAUACGGAUAAGGAUAACGAUCCUUUAGGCAUUGCUAUCAGACAAUUACCCGUAUCGCCGAUACCCCAAAUGCCUGUGCAGAGGAGGCAGGCUAGAAGGGGUUCUAUGAUGGAGCUGACUACUGGACCCAUCACCAGAGAAAUCAUUCCCGAAGAAGCUUACGGGACUUCUUCUCUACGACGCCCGUCCUGGGUCAGCAACCUCGCUCAGCGCACUUCUAGCAUCACGCGCCAGCCCACAGUGGGUGCCGCCCUUAUGGGUAACGUUUCGUCCCCGUCUCCGACUCCUUCAGACGAUGAUUCUACGGACGACGCCGACGUGGAAUGUCUUAUGAAAGCGGGAUUUUAGACAGCGGGGGGAAGAAGACAAACAAACAAAAAUUAUCUCGACUGAUUGAUAUUGUGAUCGAAUAUAUUGGAGCAGGGAGAAUCUUAAUAAUAUUUUGUUACGAGUAAGAGAGGAUACUUAAAUAUAAUGUUUUUUGAUUAUUAGGAAGAUACAAUACGAUAAUUUUAAGGCA